AUGAAAAGGCAUCACAAAUCAGAGCACUAUAGAUGCACCGAGUGCGAUCGAAUAUUCAUCUCCACCGGCAAGAAAGAGCACGAGCACAGCGCUAAGCACGUUUCUUACAUGCUGGUUCCUUCACUUGACGCGGAGCACGCAGGUGCUGCUGCGGCGGCAUCGACACAGAGGACAUACGAGCCCAGAAUGCCUCGCGAGAGCAUUGAGACUGUCCAAAUGCGCACCAAGUAUGGUUCCAUGAUUCAAGAUUUGUGGGAUGAUAGCUUGACACUCCUAAACCGGAUCUUCCCUUCUGAUCGCGACAUACCGAUCGCGCGAAUCGGGCCCAUAUCAACAAUGGCAGACGACGCAGACGUCUGGUACACUACAGAAGACGACAUAGAGAAAAUCAUGGCCCAAAACUUCAUCUUGCACAAACCCACGGUGGUGAGAUCACGUCAAUUAGGACAACGAGGCCAGGGACUGGAUCAUUUCUUAGAGGCUCUGAACGAUCAUUUUGAAGGGGCGGACAUUCCGGCAGGGCGACUUCCGAUAAACCUGCUGAACUUGAAGUAUCUGGGGAUAAGUCCCACCGGCUCCUGCAUUCCUCAAUCUGCGUCGGUUCGAUGUCCUUCCGGCAAUCAGCUCACGUCUAGAGGCGGAGUUUACCGGACGAGCGAUCAAGUCGACCUGGAUCGCUCCUUGACCCUUUCGCUAUUCGCCCAGCGAGGUGCUUUUACCGGAUUCCACGUCGAUAGCCCAGAUGCAACAUGGGUAUGUCUUGAGUGGGUCCUGAAGCUUUGGAUUUUCGCUACAGACACGAACGAAUCCGAGAUGGUCAAGUUCACAGAUGAACGCGACAAUUGGGUUCCCGAUAGCGUUGUCGCUAUUGUGUUGGAGCCGGGUGAUACGCUCAUCAUGCCCUCCGCACAGCUCCUUCCUCAUGCUGUAUUCACGUUGGCAGACUCACGGAUGACGGGUGGUAUGUUCAUGGACGCAGUUCGCAUUCUAGAGUCGAUUGAGAAGCUCCUGUGGAUAUAUAUACGCCCGUCUGUCUCGAAUGAACCGAUACCGUUGCAGCUCCUCAGAGGAUGGAGCCACCUGUGCAAGCUUUUUUUAUGA